AUGGCUGCUCAGCCCAGCUGCCCACAGGGUGAGCGCACUUUGCCAGUGCCUUGCCCUGGAGCGUACUACCGUUCUUUACAUCUCUGUCUGUCCAGAGAGGGGCACAGGGUGCUGGAUUGCCCAUUGCUGAGAACUUUCUUCCUCCUUAUCCCUCGUGGGGACGCCGUGGGAGAAGCCAGUAAUGUUUGUGUGUGUCAGGGACACGCCCCCUCCACUGCGGGUGCAGUUCCUCCUCCGAGCCGCGCGGUGGCGCCGCGGCCCCGCGGAGACCUGCGUUUCCGCCGGCGAGGGGGUCGCGCAGGCCCCCUGAGGACCCUGACGGCGGUGGCGACGCGUAGCGCGGCCGCGGCUCUCCCACCUGUCACGCUGGCCCUUCUCUGCUUGGACGGUGUCUUCCUCUCCUCGGCCGAGAAUGACUUUGUCCACCGGGUCCAGGAGGAGCUGGACCGCUUCCUGCUGCAGAGGCAGCUGUCUAAGGUUCUUCUUUUCCCGCCAUUGUCCAGUCGCUUGCGGUACCUGAUCCACAGAACAGCCGAGAGUUUUGAUCUCUUGAGCAGCUUCUCUGUUGGGGAAGGCUGGAGGAGGAGGACGGUCAUCUGCCACCUGGACAUCAGGGUACCCUGUCCAGAUGGGUCCCAUGGCCCCUGCCACCCUCCCACCUCCCACCCCAACAAGUACCGUGGUCCAAGGCCCACCUCAAACCAGGGAGCAGCUGCCGGUCCCCGAGGUGCACGGGCCGGCCGAUGGCAUCGUGGGCGCAAGCCAGACCAGCCUUUGUACGUCCCCCGGGUGCUACGCAAGCAAGAACAGGCAGCUUCCUCAACCCCAGAGCUCACGCGAGAGGCCCCCGCACAUGGAGUCUCAGGAGAGCCUGCAGGUGCUGGUGCUGGAGUCCCUGACACUGCUCAGGGACUCCCCAUGUCGACAGCUGAAGGAGCAGAGGACCUGAAGAGCCCAGACCGAGGUCCUGAGAAGGACCUGGAGCUCCCAGAGCCUGCCAGUCCCCCAGGCACAGAGCAUGGCCCUGAGUCCCUUGGGGUGGAAAUGGCCACACAGCUUGGGUUCCACCUGCAGCCAGCCUUGGAGGAAGACAAGGGGAGUCAGCUGGAGCAGAGCCUGCUGAACAGAAAGGAGGAGGAGGAGGAGGAGCAGGAGGAAGGGGAGGUGGUGAAGGAAGAGGUGAAAAAAGAGGAGGAGGUAAAGGAGAUGGAGAUGGUGAAGGAGACCAAGGAGGUGAAGGAGGCUGAGGAUGUGGAGGCCCAGGAGGCAAAGGAGGAUGGAGAGAUGAAGGAGGACCAGGAGCCUGGCAGCUGUUCCGAUGAUGAUUACAGUGAGCUGCUGCAGGAGAUCACAGCCAACCUGACUGAGAAGGAGAUUCAGAUUGAGAAGAUCUAUGUGGACACAACCUCCUUCGUGGAAGAACUGCCCGGGGAGAAGGAUCUGGCCCACGUGGUAGAGAUCUAUGAUUUUGAGCCAGCACUCAAGACGGAGGACCUGCUGGCCACAUUUUCUGAGUUCCAGGAGAAGGGGUUCAAGAUUCAAUGGGUGGACAACACUCAUGCGCUCGGCAUCUUCCCCUGCCUGGACUCAGCUACUGAGGCCCUGACCAAGGAGUUCCCCAUGCUUAAGAUCCGGCCGCUCACGCAGGGGAGCAAGCAGUCCAAGCUCAAAGCCUUGCAGAGGCCAAAGCUCCUGCGCCUGAUGAAGGAGAGGCCACAGACAGAUACGGCAGUGGCCCGGAGGCUGGUGGCCCAGGCCCUGGGGCUCCAACACAGAAAGAAAGAACUGCCUGCUGACCCGGGUCUUCUUCCCCACUGAGGCCCCACACCCGGCCAUCCGGAAGAGCUGAGGUUCCAACACCAAAAGCCUUUUACAGACACAGGACAGUGCGUUGCCACCGCUGGACCUCCCCGCUGGGGCCUAGUAGGCUUCAGUUGUUUUAGUCCCAGAAAUUGAGAACAAAAUAAAAGCUUUAAAGUUGUCC